AUGGCGACCGCAAAAGUCGCUCCCGCGCCCAUCACCGAAGUCCCCAUCCCCGUUGCCAACAAAGCAGACGUCGACACCGAGACCCAGCAUCUGGCCGUCGAGGAACCGCUCCCCUUCGACCCCAAGGCGCUCAAGGAGAAGUACCUCGCCGAGCGCGACAGGCGCCUGGCUCGCAACGAGGGCGUCGAGCAGUACACGCUCCUCGAUGGCAAGCUCACGCGCUACCUGAAGGACCCAUGGGUCGAGCCUGGAUUCACGCGCACCCCUGUCACGGAGGAGACGCAGGUCGUGAUUGUGGGCGGCGGGUACGGGGCGCAGGUCGUAGCGGUGCGCCUGCAGGAGGCGGGGAUCACGGACUUUCGGAUUGUGGAAAAGGCCGGGGAUUUCGGCGGGACGUGGUAUGUGUACUGGAAUCGCUACCCAGGUGCGCAGUGUGAUAUCGAGUCUUACAUUUAUAUGCCGCUGCUCGAGGAGAUUGGGUAUAUGCCAACGGAGAAGUAUGCGAAAGCAAAAGAACUGCUCAGGCACUCGCGGAUGAUUGGUGAGAAAUUCGGUCUGUACUCGAAAGCUUUGUUUCAGACAGAGGUUGACGAGAUGCGAUGGCACGAGGAGGAGGGCAAGUGGGCCACACACACCUCACGUGGCGACGUGAUCAAGUCGCGGUUUAUCAUCGCUGCGGCAGGACCACUGCACCGACCGAAAUUCCCUGGCUUGAAAGGCAUUGAGGACUUCCAGGGUCACUCGUUCCAUUCAUCACGGUGGGACUUCGACUACACUGGAGGCGACCCUUCUGGUAAUCUGCACAAGCUGAAGGACAAGCGUGUGGGUAUCAUUGGGACAGGUGCUACUGCAGUUCAGAUUGUCCCACACCUCGGCGAGUGGGCAAAGCACGUGUAUGUCUUCCAGCGCACUCCGUCGUCGAUUGAUGUACGCGAAAACAGGCCUACCGAUCAGGAGUGGGUGAAGAACCUGCAGCCCGGGUGGCAGAAGCACCGCAUGGACAACUUCGACAGUCUCCUCAACGGUGGCAAUGAGCCUGAAGACCUAGUAGGCGACCGCUGGACAGACAUCAUCCGGUCCCUCCUGACCGCCAAAGGCGACCCGACCGCAGACCCCGCAGCCUUCGCCGCCCAAAUCCAGCUCGCCGACUUCAAGAAGAUGGAGAGCAUCCGCGCCCGCUGCGACUCAGUCGUCCAAGACAAAGAAACCGCCGACGCCCUCAAACCCUGGUACAACCAGUUCUGCAAACGCCCCUGCUUCCACGACGAAUACCUGGACACCUUCAACCGGCCCAACGUCACCCUGGUCGAUACCCAUGGUCAGGGCGUCGACCAUCUCACCUCUUCUGGCGUCGUCGCCAAUGGUAAGGAGUACGGCCUCGACUGCCUCAUCUACGCCACCGGCUUCGAGCUCGCGAACAACUGGUCGCACAAGACCGGCAUCGAGAUCUACGGCCGCGACAACUGCACCAUCUCCCAGAAAUGGGCAGACGGCGCGUCUACGCUGCACGGCUGGGCCAGUCGCGGCUUCCCCAACUGCCUGUGGGUCAGCAUCGUGCAGGCCGCGUUGACGCCGAACUUCAUGCACGUCACUGCGGCGCAGGCGGCGCACUUUGCGUAUGUCAUUUCCGAGUGUGCCAGGCGCGGUGUCAGGACGGUCGAGCCCACGCAGCGCGCUGAGGAGGAGUGGUGCGAUACCAUCGUCAAGGGGGCGUCGGUGCGCGCUGACUUCUUUGGCGAGUGUACGCCAGGGUACUAUAACAAUGAGGGCCAGCCCAGUGCGGCGGCAGCACGGAACGGGACGUAUGCGUAUGGAAGUCAGGCAUUUAUUAAGAUCCUGGAGGCCUGGAGGGAGAAGGGCGAUCUGGAGGGGUUGGAGGUGAAGUACUUCGAGCAGGGGCCGGUAGCUGCCAACUUGUAGAUGGAU